AUGAUCAUAAGUAAAAUUCUAUCGUCUGGCAAUAAUAAAUUAGGCCUAAUCUAUCUAUCUAUCUAUCUAUCUAUCUAUCUAUCUAUCUAUCUAUCUAUCUAUCUAUCUAUGUUUUAUUUAUCUCUAUUCCUAUUCUCUCUCUCUCUAUAUAGUCAUUAUCUAUCUAUAUAUAUAUAUAUAUCUAUCUAUCUAUCUAUCUAUCUAUCUAUCUUGUUCAUCUAUCUAUCUAUCUAUCUAUCUAUCUAUCUAUAUAUCUAUCUAGCUUGUUCACAUCUAUCUAUCAUCUAUCUAUCUAUCUAUCUAUCUAUCUAUCUAUCUAUCUAUCUAUCUAUCUAUCUCAGCUUCUUCGCAUCUAUCUAUCUAUCUAUCUAUCUAUCUAUCUACCUCAGCUUCUUUAUCUAUCUAUCUAUCUAUCUAUCUAUCAAUCUAUCUACCUCAGCUUGUUCACAUCUAUCUAUCUAUCUAUCUAUCUAUCUAUCUAUCUAUCUAUCUAUCUAUCUAUUGUUUUCUUUCUCUCUUUCUAUUCUUGCAUCUAUCUAUCUAUCUAUCUAUCUCAGCCUUACAUUUAUCUAUCUAUCUGUAUCUGUUUGUAUUUACGUAGAGGUACUGAAAAGGUAUUUCUUUGUGGAAAUGCCGAUGUUCGAAAUGUAUUGGUCCGAAUACUUUUCACCAAAUACCCACAAUAUCUAUCUAUCUAUCUAUCUAUCUAUCUAUCUAUUUCAAAAUCAUAGGGAAAAUUUGAUCUAUCUAUUCGUUCGUUCUUUCUUUCUUUCUUUCUUUUCGCAGCCUGUUCAUGCUUGGUCAGCUUAUUUGCAUCUAUCUAUCUAUCUAUCUAUCUAUCUAUCUAUCUAUCUAUCUAUCUACCUAUCUAUCUAUCUAUUUCAGGCCGUUCAUAUCUAA